UUUGCCUGCUAGUGGACUCCGUGGUUUCAAGAACAGCUCUUGAGCUCCGAUCAUAUUCUGCUGAAAAAUACCAGCAGACGCUGGCCUCAGCCCCAUGAUUUCGUACCUCUCAGAAGCUUUCUACUGGCUCUGCCGUUUGCUUUUUCAAGGAGACCACUGUGUGUUGGAGCCCCAGAGAGAGACAGGGAGCUGGCAGGAUCGUGUGACCCAGAGCGACAGGAAAUGUGGCCAUUCCUCUUGCCCGUUGGCCUUCCAGUUGGUGGAAGAAGACUAUGUACUGAUUUCAGAGGUUUCCCCAAGCCUGCCUCUCCAGAACCCUACAGAAGAGCUGUCAGGAGGUCUGAUGUUGAAAGAGCUCGCCCCCAGGACACUGAGGCUCCUGCUGGUGGGGAAAACUGGAAGUGGGAAAAGCGCGACUGGAAACACUAUCCUCGGCAGGGAAGUAUUUGAGUCUAAACUCAGUGCUAAGCCAGUGACCAUGACCUUCAAGAGAGAAAGGCGAGAGUGGGGUGGAAAGGAACUUGAGGUGAUUGACACCCCAGAUAUUCUGUCCUCUCAGGUCCAGCCGGAAGUCGCGGCUGAAGCAAUCUGCCAAGCCAUAGCCUUCUCCUCCCCAGGGCUGCAUGCUGUGCUUCUGGUGAUCCAGCUGGGCCGCUUCACAGAGCAGGAUCAGCAGGCUGUGAGGCGGCUCCAGGAGAUCUUUGGAACGGAGGUCCUGGCGUACACCAUCCUGGUGUUCACCCGGAAGGAAGAUCUGGCCGGAGAGUCCCUGGAUAAAUACUUGCGGGAGACGGCCAACCGCAGCCUCGCCAAGCUGGACGUGCUGUGUGAGCAGCGCCACUGCGGCUUCAACAAUAGGGCGGCGCGGGUGGAGAAGGAGGCCCAGCUGCACGACCUCAUGGAUAAGAUCGAGUGGAUCCAGUGGGAAAACGAAGGCCGCUGUUACAGCGGCAGGGCUUCCCGGGGCUCCCAGUUAGCACCCGGAAGAGCUCAGACCCAGGGAAGGUGGAUGACCUGAGCAAGACUCCCGGGAAGGGCGUACGAGUGGGGGUGGGUCUCAGCUGGACGUCCCGUCCGGAGUCCACAAGGACUCGAGAAGACUUACAAAUGCUUCCUGGGAGACUGUCUAGCUGAGUUCAUGCAACAAGGGGGAAAGUGUCAGCGCCUGCACCCCCACCUCGCGCCCCACUGCUGGCUCUGUCCAUUCUCACAGAGAACUGCCCGGGACUCUGAGUCUGGGUGGUGUGGGGCCCUCGGUCCAGGUGCCCGCUUACAUACCAGCUCCUCAUUGCUUCUUCCAGAGCAUGGGGUACCCCAACAGCCUGCUGUACUCAUGGGGGAAUCUUCUUUCUCACUAACAUUACACUUCUUGGGAUUUGUGUCUAUGCAGGCAUGCCACUUUUUCCAUGCAAGCCCUGCAGCUGCCUGGGCAUCAGUUGGUGGCAGUGCAGGUUUAUGUGAGCUUCACAUUUCUUGGGUUUUCUCCUCACUCAUAAAGGGGGCAGGCAUGAUGACAGUUAAAGCACUCGCACUUGGUGGUGGGGAGAACAUCGCCAUGAGCUAGAACGGGAAGGCCCAGAUCCCUUCCCAUCAAGUUUUCUUCCUUGCUGUGAGCUAUUUUAAGAGGCUGUGCCCUCUGAGACAACUAGGUUGCAACUACCAAGCUUUGCUAUGCUUGGUAGGCUUCCCUUGACUCCAGCGUACACAGAAGGGCUGACUGUCGCUGCACAGGACCUUCCUGUGAUGGCAGCAGCAAGCGCCAUUUUUCUGUGAGCUGACACUGAUCCAAUAGGCACCAAAAGAUGACUGUGUCAGGGCCAAUCCUUGGGGCUGAGACCCAAAGACAGGCCGUGUGCAGAAAUCGUGAGUCAUGUGCAACAAGUGCCAGAAGUCCCUGCGCAGAAGGUAAGCCGGAGCAUAAGUGUGCAGGACACCUCCGCGGGGAGCCAGUCCGCAACUCUGACAUGUGCGCUGUCUCUCUUGUGCCUGAGCGUAGGCCCUGAAUAAAGCCUCCUUUGGUCGGCA